UGGCCUUUCAAUGAAAGCGACGAAAGAGACUUUCGACCCUCCCUUCUUCAUCGGCGAUGUCUUCCACGGCGACAGCGACAGCGAACAAGACCAACCCGAUGGAACCAAUCCCACACACACAAACACACAGCAGGAAGAUCAGCAGCACCAGAUCCAGAUCCGCGUGUUCCAGAUGCCCGCAGCCAUCUCUCUGUGCAUCCGCGAGUACGCCUUCCACCCGCUGAAUGCCAAUAUCGUCUGGCAUGGCAACCAGGAGAUGGCCGAGUGGCUGCUGGGGAGGGCGAGGGCGGGGCUGUUUGACGGCGAGAGGGUGCUGGAGCUCGGCUGUGGGACGGGCAUCUUGACGGCAUUCAUGGCCAAGCUCGGAAUCAGUGUGACGGGGAGCGACUAUGAAGAUGACACGGUAUGUGAGUGAGGGGGCAGGUGAGGUGGCAUGGCUGUCGGUGGGCAUCGUUUGCUUUGCUGUGUUGCAUACGUCAGAUUGGGGAGAAUUUCAGGCACAACAUGCAGCUUAACGAUGUACGCAACGAUCAGAGAACACACGCACGACGGCAUUCGUUGAUCGGUAAUCAUGCCUGCAGCUCUCGGAUGACAGGGUGCCCUUCCUCCCCCACACAUGGGGCACCCCCCUGCCCCCCGCCGAGCCGCCCUCCUCCGUUGCCAUCGGUUGUGACAUCCUCCUGUACGUCAACCAGCACCCUGCACUGCUCAACACCCUCAUGCAGCUGGCCCAUCGGUGCCACCACGCCCAUCAGCGGCCCCUGCAGAUCUUUCUCGGAUGGAACAGGCAGACCAAGCUCCACGAGGAGUUCUUCGCACUGGCGAAGACGCAGGGCUUCGAUGUGACGAAAGGUACGUGUGGGCUCUCAUCCUAUGAUUGAUCACCGCCUUUGUGUGGUGUGGUUUGUUCGUUCGUUCGUUCCUCAGUGGCUCGCCGUGUGUGGCAGCUGACGCCGCCCUCCCCCGCCCCCACACCGGCAGACAUUGCCACACUCACAGUUAAGCAGGGGCGACUGGCAGAUGCUGCCGCGAAGAGCCGCCAUCGGCAGGAGAGGAGCAAGACCGACAGACGAGGGCAGCAGCAGCAGGAAAAGGGUCCAGCAACGGAGCGUAAUGGAUGUCAGGAUGACGGUGAGGGUGGUGAGGAGCGGCGGCUGUUCCAGUUGGGAGAGCACUAUGCCUGGGUCAGCCAUCAGACCACAUUCAGGUCAAGUGAUCGUCUUGCCUCGGGUCCAUCAGCUCAUGGGUUCCUCCUACGUAUCGUUCCAUUUUGUGUUGCGCAUGUGUGUUCUCUUCAGAGGGGCCUUCCUCGACGGGGAUCGCGGCAUUGACCGCACGGGUGUGAUGCCCCCAUGGCCAGGCGCAUACCUCCUUACAGAGGCCAUCUUUGCCCACAGGUCUGCACAAACGCACGAGCACAGUAGAGAACCAGUGCCCCUCUUCGCAUGUCUGUCAUUCAUGACCCUUCAGGCGCCGUUUGUGUGGGAGGGUGGUUGUGGAGCUGGGUGCUGGUGCAGCGCUGCCAGGACUCCUCGCCGCCAACUUUGCCAGCCACACAGUGAGCCGACCGCACUCACACACAUGUGUCUGUGUGUAUUCCGCCUCCCCUCCCUCUGUGUCAGAUCCUCACUGAUUGCGACCCGGCCGUGUUAUCCCGCUGGCAGCGGCAGAAAAGGGAAGGUCUCUCCGUCCCUAUGGCUGACGAGGUGGCCAGUGCUCGCAGCCUGUCGUCGGAGAACGUGUCGUUCACGAGGCUGGAGUGGGGCGACAGGGGGGAUGAGCAGGGGCUGGUGCGGCUCUUGGGUGAGAAUGGGCAGGACCAGGAGAGGAUGCUCAUCAUUGGGGCUGACCUGGUGUACCCUGCGACUAGCAGAGAGGUGCGGUGCGUGCGUGCAUUUCUGUAUAUGUGUGUGGAGAGAGAUGGGGGCAUCCAUCAUGCGUGUGUUCCUUUCUUUCAUUCAGACGUUGGGCGACCUGUUUGGGACGGUGGGGAGGCUGCUGCAGCCGAACCGUCGGAGUGUGGGGUCUGAUGCUAAUGGUGAUCCGGCAGCGUGUCUCGACAGGCCAUGCUUCAUGCUCUCAUUCAUCCCCAGGGGCAACGAUCCGCAGGUCAGCAACACAACACAACACAGCUCAUCCAUGCAUUCCCACAGCCUUCUGUGUGCGUGUGUGAUGUGUGUGCUCCUUCGCAGGGGCUUCUGGCAAAUGCCAUCGACGCGGCACACCAAGUAGGAAUCAACGAUUGAUCUCUGUACAGACACACGCGCACGCAAUCAAUGUGCCGUCUCUCCUUCUCUCUCUGGCCGCAGGAGGGUUUGGUGCAUGAGGAGGUGCCUGUGGAAUCCCCCUCCGACCCAGCAGCAAGGUUCGGCCCCUCGUGGCCACAUGAGUCGACUGCAUCAUGGGGAGGGAUGGUCCUGGUUUUCUACCAUGGCUGGCUGAUGCUGGUAGAUAGAUAGGCUCUUUGUCAUAUCCGCGUGUCGAGGACCUUCAUGGCAG